AAUAAUGACCCAGCUGCAGUUUAAAGAUGCUUUUUGGUGCAAGGAGUUCACUUUCCACACUGGCUACGAGGUGCUCGUUCAGCGGCUGCUGGAGGGGAAGAAGAUGUGCAAAGAUGUGGAGGAUUUGCUCAAGCAGAGAGCACAAGCAGAAGAGAGAUAUGGGAAAGAGCUGGUUCAAAUAGCCCGAAAAGCAGGAGGACAAACAGAAAUCAACACACUGAAAGAAGCAUUUGAGAUGCUCAAGCAACAAAUUGAAAGUGUUGGAAACUCUCAUAUCCAGCUGGCAGUAAUGCUGAAGGAAGAACUGAAAGGAAUAGAGGAAUUCCGAGAAAGGCAGAAGGAGCAAAGAAAAAAGUAUGAGUCUGCAAUGGAGAGGAUGCAGAAGAGCAAACUGUCCCAUUAUAAGAAAACCAUGGAGUCCAAGAGGAGCUACGAGCAGAAGUGCAGGGAGGCGGACGAGGCCGAGCAAUCCUUCGAACGCACCAGCGCCGCAGGCAACCCCAAGCAAACAGAAAAGAGCCAGAACAAAGCCAAGCAGUGCAGAGAUGCAGCAAAUGAAGCAGAGAACAUUUACAAGCAGAACAUCGAGCAGCUGGACAAGGUCAGGACAGAGUGGGAGCAGGAACACAUCAAAACCUGUGAGGUCUUCCAGCUGCAGGAGUGCGACCGCAUCACGAUCCUGCGCAACUCGCUGUGGGUGCACUGCAACCAGCUGUCCCUGCAGUGUGUGAAGGAUGACGAGAUGUAUGAAGAGGUUCGGGUCAGCUUGGAGAACUGUGUUGUAGAGUCAGACAUAGACUACUUCAUUAAGACAAAAAUGACAGGAACACAACCUCCAGAUGCCAUAGGCUACGAGAGCUACUACAGCCGGGAGCGCAGCAGCAGCCCCAGCCCCAGCCCGGCCUGUGGCAUGAUCAAGAGAUUCUCUGGACUACUGCAUGGGAGCAGCAAAAACAACACAUUACCUGCCACUCCUCCAGCCCCUCCUCUGGAGAGAACAGAAGGAGUCUAUGCAUCCAUCUUUGUAAGUGAACAAGCUGAGAUCACAUCAUCACAGGACUACAGAGUGCUUUAUGACUACACAGCCCAGAACGUGGAUGAGCUGGACAUCAGUGAGGGGGACACCGUGGUUGUCAUUGCGGAGAACGAGGACGGCUGGUGGACAGCAGAAAGGAACGGCCAGAGGGGCUUCGUGCCAGGCUCCUACCUUGAGAAGCUUUGAUGAAAAGGAGCCCCAGUCCUCAGACUUUACAAAUAUUCUAUUACUGAAAACAAUCAGCACACAAGGUCUGCUUCAGCUGACCAAGAGCAUCCCAAUAAUAAUGUUUUCUACAACCACCAGUCAGGAAAUAACCAACUGACCAUGCUUUUCUCUCCCUUGCUCCUGCUUCAUCCCAUUGUUCUCCUGGCCUACACUCUCUGAAAAACCUCCUGAGAGAUUAGGACUUGCAUGUUUUGGCACUCAGCACACUGUGCUGCCAGCAGUGUUU